UCUGAAGUGAGUUAGUUCCGACCCGCAGAAUUACAUCCGAGUUAGCUACAUCCGCCCCGCAGAAACUGCCACGCCAUAAUUCCUGUUGUCUUGUGACUUGCCAUGUAGCUAAGUUGUGAUAAGAUGGAACAGAAGUUGGCGGAGUUCAGAGCUCGAAAGAGAGCCAUGGAGGCUAAGGACUGCGAAGUCAUUGGAAAUCAGUCUAAAGCACAAUCAGAAUCAAGUCCCAAGUCGCAUAGCCCUGUACCCCCAACGAACAAAAUGGACAAACUGGAAGAACCAGUGACAACUGAGAGCUCUCCGGUGGUCGUAACAACAGAAGGAUCUCGGGUUAUCCCUUCCUGGCUUAUGGACAGUCCUGUGGGCCGCUGGUUGGGAAAGACGAAUAUCACCCUGUUUAAAGUGUUGCUUUGGCUGGUUCUGCUUGGUCUGUUCUCUGAACUGGGCUUUGGACUACCUUUUUUCCUCAUUUCUCUUUUCUACUGGCUCUAUGAGGGUCUGCGAAAGCCCACCGAACGACAGCCAGGAGAGCUCAGUGCCUAUUCUGUCUUUAACCCAGAUUGUCAGCCUAUUCUGGGGACACUCACAGCACAACAGCUGGAGGGAGAGAUGGGCUACAGACCACUGGCUAACAGUUAGCCAAAUUAAGACCAUAGCCUGACACUCAGGACAGGAAAAAGGAACAAUGACUUGCCCACGGAAAGAGAUGAUGUGUUGUUAUAUUUAAUGCCUAUUUACCGUUCCUGGUUUGAGCAAGACGCCUAUGGCUGAACCCAAAACUGGGCCUUUGGUACCUGCUCUUGCCAGUAUCAUCAGAGGGCUUUAUAGGAAGUUGAAGAUAGCACUGGUAAAAAUUUAAAUGAAGUAGGUUGCAUGUCAGAAUCCAUGUUUUUAUGCCAAAGUUCGUUUUGUGCAGAUAAUGUGGCUAAGGUGUAGGAGGGCCAUGCAGGUGCACAUGUGUAAUUUGUAGAAUGUAAUGAAGCUAGGUCAUUCUCAUUUGCUUCUUGUUCAUGGGAGUGUAGAUUUUCGGGCCUGGAGAGUUUGUGGUAAAUAUGUAUAUAAUAUGAACGGGGUGAACUCUGAAUCAGUGAUACAGUUUUACUACUAUUAACCAUUAGAACAAUGGACAUGGGUAAUGCACUGAUGAAAGAAAACAAUAAAAACUCAACACAUUUGGAUAUGUUUUUAAAUGUGUAAUAAAUGUAACCACCUUUCUGAACUGCAA